AUGGUUUCUUUCGAUAUAGGUGAGACAUCAUCACAAGUAAUUGUUGGUAGUCUUUCGGUUCCUAACUUGGGAAUUUGGAGAAUUGCCACGGUUUAUGGGAGCAGAAUUUGUAAGGAAAGGGAAAGCUUAUGGAAGCAACUUCAGGAUUGUAUGGAGGAUGCAAUUCCCUCUAUAAUUGGAAGGGAUUUUAAUUGUAUUGUUAACAAGGAGGAGAAGAGAGGAGGCAAAAGGUUCUUGUUCUCAAAAGGACCUAGGGAGAUGAAAAGUUUUAUGGUGAAUUCUGAUUUCCAUGACGUUGGAAGUAUGGGACCAAGAUUUACUUGGUGUAAUAACAAAGAGGAGACCUCUCGGAUUUGGGAAGGGUUGGAUAGAUGUAUUUUGAAUUCAUCUGCUAUUCAAAUUCUUCUAAUGGCUACUAUCAAGCAUCUUGCUAGAGUAGCAUCGGAUCACAGUCCUAUUGUUCUAAGUAUGAAGGAUAAAAUGCAUUGUAAAGCUAAAAUAUUUAAGUUUGAGGACACUUGGAGAUCAUACCCUACUGCAAAGUGUAUUGUUUAUAACUCUUGGAUGAAGAAUGACUAUGGUGAUGAGCAUAGUAUACUUCAAAGGAAACUCAAACGUAUCAUGAAGGCUUUGUUUUUUUGGAAUAAAAAUAAAUGCAAGGACUUGAAUGUUUUGAAGGAAACUUUGAAGAGGGAAAUUCUUGAUCUUCAAAAUAGAGAAGCUUGUGAUGUUAACUGGACUGCUGAUGAUCUUGUUUUGCUAAGGAACAAAGUGCAUGAAUUUAAUGUUACAUUGAUACGGUUGUCUACUUGGUGGAAUCAAAGGGCUAAAGUGAGAUGGCAUGAGGAAGGAGAUACUAAUUCAAGAUUUUUCCAGAAUUUUGCAUCAGCAAGACACAAUGGCAAUCGUAUUAACUAA